AUGGAGAAAGGGCCGUCGAAUGGAAAACCGUUGUGGAUAUCGAAGAGCUUUGUCUCAAACAAGAUAAAAAAUCGGAUCCUAGCGUACCAAUGCACUGACGGCGAACCGAGGCUGCAGUGGCUGAUGGAUUGCAACUGCGGCGUCGGCGAUAUUGGGGCCUGGGAGAUGAUCGGGAAUGAUUAUGUAAUUGCCUCUGGACCCGGGGGAACUGCGAAAAUAACUGUGUCGAAUGUUAUAUCGGAAGGACCCAAGCUGCUUCCUGCCGUCAGCAUGUGCGAUUUUCUCGGUCUGAAAUCAGCCGAGCUCAAAGAGUUCUUCAUUGCCGGCGACAGAAUGUUGUGGCUAUAUAAAGGUCACCUCGUGCAGUCGCGUGUCGAGAGCGCCUUCUUGGACAAACCUCUCGAAGAAGCCCCCGAUUUUCCCGUUGGCGAGAACGGCAUUUACGAGAAGAUCUUGGCAGUGAAUACGAGCACCAAUCUCGUAGUGCUACUGCGCAAUGAUGAAGGGGUGACUUACAAAAGUUUCGACGUCUCGGCCGAGGAUGCCCCAAUUGAAGUCCCACCGCGCGGUUUCAUAAACAAAGCCAGCGUCAAAGAGUUAUUGGACCUGAAAAUUUUGCCGGAUUUAUUUUUGACACCACCCAAUGUCUACCGGCCGGCGGGCCAAUCAGGUGACACGAAGGAUUUCAUGGAAACUUGUUUGACCUUGGUGGACGCUUGCAUCGAUAAAAUCAGCUUCGUGUGCCAUGCCCAAAGGGCACCCGAAUUUGAGCCAGAUAGCUGGGAGGUCGUUUGGGGCAGGGGCCAAGUGGAAGAUGAGAUGGUGAAGACCGCGUUUUUGUUCAUCGACGAUCAAGAAUAUUUGAUUGGCAUUACGCAGUCAGGUCUGGUCUACGGGCCCGCGAAGGGACAUGGGACGUGGAUGCCAUUUACCGAAGCGGGAGAGGCGAAGCAAUCGGAAAGGUACAACUUUGUCGACAUGCAAUGCCUCUACGAGAAGCAACAAAUUUUGUUGUUGAUGCAGGGCGCUUUUGUUCUAACGUGCGGGUGGUUUAUAAAAGAAGAGAAGCUCAUCUUCCAACAGCUCCGCUUCGAUAGCAUCCCGGAUUUGAGGGAGGCAAAAUGUUUCCUUUCUCACGCAACACAGCGCUGUCUGGUGUUCGGCUGGGGACAUUUGCCGAGAUACUGGACCAACGACGAUCACUAUUCACCUCUAAUCUACGACUACGAGACCAAGAGGCGCUGGGCAUCCAGUCGCCAUAACCUCAGGGAGAUGCAUGCGGCUAGAGAACUUUGCUCUGGAGUGCAUAUAGGCAGCGAUGGCAACGCGAGCAUGAUAGCCAUGAAUGGGGAGAAUGAAAGGUUUCACCUAGCGCUCGAACGGGACGAGGUGGUGACAGUACAACCAGGGUUAAUUCCGCAUAAAAUCGAAAAGGUUGUUGCCGCUCCAUUCGACGACCUGGGCUUUACCUUGAUAGCUGCCGUCGGUGGAUAUCGCGCUACCCUACUCAUCUACCAACCGGAAAAUGCACUCGGCUCAAUCGACGUCCUCGAGCUGAUGAUAAAGGGCCACGUUGAAGAUCCGUCUAUGCCGGAAGUGUUAAUACUGAAGCGGACCCGGCGGUGCGGGCCGCGACAAGCGAACUGCAUGUACAUCCCGCAAACGUACGAGUGGUGGGAGGGAUUUUUCUGGAUGUACUACGUCAAGGUGAUCGACUGCAAGCGCAAACUGUGCACGGGCGACUGUGGCCAAGGCGACUACAUGGCAAUCGGUCAAUACGGAAUUAUGCCGGAAGCCAAGUGGUUUUCCACCCUGCGCCGUGACGCCGUGGCGAUGAAGCAGGUCCAUUCGAAAGAACCGCGUUUUCAGAUGACGUUCAAACGCUCGACACAAAAAAGGGGCUCGGAUGUGGAGGUCUAUUAUGUCGAGGAGGAGGGCGACAGCAAAGCGAAAUAUGCACUCUGGAAUGUGGCGCGAACGAAAUUCGCCUUCGGCAAGGUGAAGAUUCCGGAUUUCAGCGACUAUUUUAUUCAGGGCCUGCCUCACUACACGUAUAUCGAUUAUGAUGGCAAAACGAUAUCGCUCUUGAAUCAGGAAAACUUUGUGACGGUCAAAAUCCGGAACACCGAUUCACUAUGGCCGCGAGAGCUGGACUUCGGAAAAGAUCCUUGCUACUUUCUGCAUAAACGUGGAGAGGAAAUCGAAGAUCUGCCCAAUAUUGCUAAACCAUGCUCUGAUUUACACGAAAACGUCUCUGCGGAUAGCCCGGCCCUGUGCGUGCUUUUCGAAGACCGAAAGAAACGAGUUUUUGGCUCGGCGGCAUUAUCGACCGAGAAUGAGCACACACCCGUAAUCUAUGACUACGAGACAAAGACAAGAUGGUCGUCCAGCACUGAUGACCUCGGUGCAGUAUACGGAGCUAAGGAUCUGCGCGUUGGGCUUUAUAUAGGCAGCGACCGAAAGGUCAGCUUGAUGAUCCUAAAAAGAGAUGAUGCAUGGACUUCAGUAGCAAUGGACUCAGAAAAGGUGGUGGCACUACAACCCGCGUUAAUUCAGCAUACAAUCCGGAGAGUUGUCGCUGCCCCAUUUGAAAGUUUGGGCUUCACUUUGACCGCUGCCAUCGGUGACUACCGCACAACCGUGUUGGUCUACCAGCCGGAAACUGAACUGCUGAUAGCUGCCAACGAACAUGCUGGAGAAAAAAAUUACGAAGGAUGCUUUGCGAUGGCCCAGACCACAAUUGUCAACGGGGUUUUGGACCAAGAGGACCACGUCAAAGUCAAGGUCCGGAGCACCGAUACAGCACUGCCGAAAUUGCGAGAUUUUGGAAAAGGCACAAGCUACUUUCUGCACCGGCGUGGAGAAGCGUUUGUUUGGGUGCUUGCUCAAAAAUCCGACGGGACAAAGAAUUUCUUCCCGACCACUGGCCUGAUGAACGGGAUCACUUGCGAGAUGGUUCCGCCGAGUCCUUCGACUCUCGGGAAGAUUCUGGAUACGAAACGAGCCAUGGUCAUCUAUUUUGGAUGCUGCGUCGGCAACUGGGAAUCGCUGAAGCCCCGGCAUCCUGAGCUCGAGCAAGACUUUUCAAUAGAAGAAGUCCUCGCGUUUAAUCAAUACUACCAAUCAUUUGUCGUGCGGCGACGCGGCCAGCGGGGAAUUCACCAUGCCCAGAUCGUUUACGAACUGAACGACGACGACAAACCUGCUUACCAACUAAAUUUUUUGGAUCAUAUGGCGAUCGAUUACGAGCCAGAAGUUGAUUAUUGCCUACCGACCAAACAGCUCUACGCCAGCGGAGCACCAGCAUUGGAUAAACUGAUUAUUGACUCACCAAGCAUUUUACUUCGUCGUUCGCUAGAAAAUGGGUGGGCUAUUCAGCUAAUUAACCUCCGCGAAAAUCUCCUAGAAUAUAUCGACUUAAUGGCUCCAUCCAAAAUCAAAGCCGUGUUUUUACAUUGGAAAAAUUCGGCUCACAUCAUAAUCGCUCAUGGCAGUUUGCUCUAUUUUUCGAACUCGCAGAAAGCUUCCAAGAUUGCCUGCAUGCAAAGUGACGAACCGCUGAAACAAGAGCAGUAUCUGCUUUGUUUGCUUGGGAACGGCACCGUGAUCACAUUCGGAUGCAUCUGUAAGAAUGAAACACUGUCAAUUACCCAAUUGAGCUGGAGCAAAAACCCAUACAUGGAGCGGGCGAUGGGAUUCUUCAGCACUGAAGACUACCUGACUGUGCUUGCUGGUAUCGCAAGAGGUGCAAAUCCGCUGAAUGAGAAGGCCACGUCAAUUGUUCUAUACGACCAUCAGACCGAGACCCUCAUCUGCACUUCCGUGAAGGAUUAUAGCUUGCUGGUUGAGGGGGAACGCAGAUUUUAUUCAAUAACCGUGUCGACGAACCAUAGUCAAAACUUCCUUUGUUGCACAUUUGGCACCAACGACGAGAUUUCCGGCGUACACAUCGAGGACGUUAUCGUCGAAACAAGAAGGCUUCAACGCCCACUCUACCUGCACAGUGUCAAGAAGAUGGUCUCCAAUCAUCUGGAGGCUUAUGGACUUUCACUAGUCGCUGCAAUCGGUAGCCAGGUCUCAAUUUUCGCGUAUCAACCGGGGCCAGAGAUUUUUCUGAAAGUGAAUGAGCAUAGUUGGUCUAAAGAAUAUUACGAUGGGACAUUUGCAAAUACGCGGGAAGCAACCUCGAAUGGUCGUCGAUUUCUCAAGUCCACAUUGUUUCUUUUAUCGUCUGAGGGCGUUGAAGUUUUAGACCUUAUUAUCAAGGGAACAGUGUUCGAACUUGAAAGAUCACCGGCCAUCCUUCUGCCAGAAGUCAUAAUAACGAAACGAACGAUAUUCACCAACCUAUUUCUUGCCGAGAGCCUUGAAGAUUGGCAAAUUUGCACGAUUACCUCCAAAACAAACGAAGAAGGGCUCACAAUCCUAUUUUUCCUAAACCCGCAGCGAUCGAUGCUAGAUGAUGGGACCGAGGAGUUUUCUCUGGACAUAGUUAUUGAAGGAGAUCCGGAGCACACCCAGACGGCGAAACGAUCGACUUGGAAAGCCGGGGAGGCCGAGAUUGAGUUUCAGCCGACAAAAAACCACGUGCGACAUUUAAAUCUGGGCGCAAAAACCGUUGCGUUAGUGGACAAGGAAACUUACUACGAUGUCACGCUGAGUCUGGGUUUCGCCUUACCGCAAAGUCGUUAUUUUUUCCCGCAAGGGAUCAGUCAUCUUUUGGUGCGCAAGAAGAAAGAGUAUUGUUUUGUGGCUAUACGUGACAAUAAGGUCGUCGGUGGCGUAAAUGGCGGUCUAGCACAAAUCGAUCUCGAGUCCAUGUAUCGGUCAAGACCGGUGAUUUACGAGACGGUCAAAUCUUGGGCCUGCUCAGGGCAAGAGCUCCUCCUGAACCCCAAUCGGAUCCCCGUGACGCAGUUCAAUGGCGUUGUGGCGAACCUGCACUGCCUGACAAGACGGCAGGACCCAGACCUUGUGAUCCCGUAUGCUAUCGACCACAUCUUCGAUUUCAACCAACAUUACCGAAUCUUUCUUUUAACCAGGGCAGGAAUGGAAGGAAUUCGCUACGCAAUCUUUGAGGAAUCACUCGUUGAAUUUACUCGGCUUCUCGAUCUGAAUCACUUCAUCUUAUAUGAGCGGCUCUCGAAUCCUUAUUGCUUACCAACGUCAUAUGACUACACCUCGGAUCCUUCUACACCAGUCGGAUUGCUGCUGGACCGUCCAGUCAUCUUGUGUGCCUAUUUGGAUGAGGGUAGCACAAUCUUCUACCAGGUGAUUCUCGUCACAGCUGUUAAGCUUCUAGACGACUUUGACGACUGCCAUGCCGUAUGGUGGCGUAGUCUCCAC